AUGACGAGGGCGCGCCGCGCGGCGAGGGGCGCCAUGCUGCGGCGGCGGCCGCUGCGGUACUACCUCGUUGAACCCCUGACGGACGCACAGCGCGCCGAGGUCGAGUUCGCAGCUGUCAGCGCUGAGGAUAUCUUGGAAGCGGGCGCACGGCGUGCUUGGGGCAUGGAGAUGCCGUGGCGCGUGACACACAUCGAUGGCCCGGCUGGCGCGGCGACGAAGAAGAAGACAGCUUCAUCGGCCACGGGCCUGCGAGAGGACGGCAAGAGGAAGAGACCGGGACAAAAGAAGAGGCUCGCGAUGCGGACGAGAGAGAGGGAGGCGAAGAGGAAGGCUGAAGAGGCGGAGAAGUUGAAAACGAGCAAGGAGGAGCAGCUGAGGGAAAAGAAGAAGAGGCUGAAUCGCCAGCGGAAGCUGAAGAGGAGAGCCAAGGCAAAAGAGGAGAGGGCUGCGGCGGGGUUGCCGAGCGAUCAUGAAGGGUCCUCGUCUGAAGGCGACGACUGA